UUCCGUCAAAGUCCCGAUGACGCACAUGACACCGGAAGCACUGGAGCGUCAUCCGGAAACUUAAAGUCAGAGUAGCUCAAUGUCACAUUUCGGAGCGGUUAUUUCUGAACUGUUAUAGAAGAAUAAGAAUGUUUCUCACUACAGUAUACCUUGCCAAGAGCAAAUCUAAGACAUUGCUGGUUCAGAUGGUGAGUGCGGCGGGCACAGGUUAUUGUUUUAACACGAAGAGGGGCCGAUUGAGGGACAAACUGGUUUUGCGAAAGCAUGACCCUAUAGUGAACAAACAUGUUCUGUUCAUUGAGAAGAGGAAGAUACGUUCUCUUUAAAAAUGGGAGACUCUUUUGAUACAGACACUGAGAACAUUGACUUUUUAAAGUGUUACUGGCAUAAAACAACUGCCACAGUGUGAUGGUCAACAUCCAACAUAUGAAAGUGUCACUAAACAACUAUGAAGGAAGAAGAUUUACAUCAAAGUAAAGGUUUUGCAUCACUGCAGCUGUGGAUGACUGGUCUAAUGAGACCAGAAAUUAGUUGUAUAUCUUGUCAGGAUAAUAUGUAUUGUGUUGGAUUUGUUUGGUUCUUUUUUCUUUUUUGUACCAAGUCAGAAGUUUGACCUACUGCAAACAAUGAACCACCUACUCAAUGACAGAUUGCUUCAGGCUGAAGUGGAUUUGUUGGAAUAAUUAGCCUGCAAAAUGUGUUUAAUAGAAAAAAUGUUCAUUAAAAAAAAAAAAA